UUCUUUUCCAUGUCUAGGUUUUGAGAGGUGGUAAAAAUUUAGGAAGAGGACUAACUCUAUCAUUAUUGACUUUUCUGGGUUAUGAUGUUUACAGAAACAUUCCAGGAUUUCUUGUAGUUCAUGCUGAUGAAAAAGUGGAAGAAAUUAUAGACCGGGCUGACUAUCUUUAUGGCACUGGAGAAGUGGAAAAACUUUAUCACCUCCUUAUUGACCACAAAAACAGUACAAAUGGUGAGCUUCUGUGGCGCCUAGCUCGUGCAUCACGAGAUUUGGCACAGUUGGAAAGCACUUCUGUGGAAAGGAAGAAACAGCUGACAUAUGAGGCUUUGGAUUUUGCUGGAAAAUCGCUGGAGAAAAAUGAAUUGAGCUUUGCAGCUCAUAAGUGGUAUGCUAUAUGCAUCAGUGAUGUUGGAGACUACGAGGGUAUCAAGGCUAAAAUUGCAAAUGCUUAUGUUAUUAAAGAACAUUUUGAGAAAGCUAUUGAGCUUAAUCCCAAAGAUGCAACAUCAAUUCAUUUAAUGGGAUUAUGGUGUUUUACAUUUGCAGAAUUGCCCUGGGUCCAACAGAAAAUAGCAGCUAUGUUCUUUGCCACCCCACCAAGCUCCUCUUAUGAAGAGGCUCUCCAAUAUUUUAACAAGGCUGAGCAAGCUGAUCCAAAUUUCUACAGUAAAAACUUACUAAUGAUGGGUAAAACUUACAUGAAAUUAAAAAAUGAGAAGCUGGCUCUGUUAUGGCUGACCAAAGCAAGAGACUAUCCAGCACGUAAUGAAGAAGACAAGCAGGUUCAAAAAGAAGCUAACGAAUUACUGAAAUUGAUCAGCAAACAGCAUUGAGCACUAUCUCAGAACAAUCAGGUUCAUUAAUACAGCCAGUAUUUUGUUUAAUAUUGAAAAAUAAGUCAAUUGAUUUCCCAGAUCAAUAAACUUAAAGGUUUUUUUUUGGUAUUGUUUAUAAUCAUAAGAAGAAUCCUACAUGAAGUUGUACAGGCCUGACAUAGCAUUAAGCAAAUAAAAAUGUUAAUAUCAUGUAUAUCCUGUGCAAUCUGUAAAACACCCAAUUUGUGCAGUCAGUAACUCAAUGAGCAAAAAAGACAAAUAAAAUUGCAAAGCUAUUCAGCUCCAGCUUGUUGCCUCAAUAGAAAAAGAAUGUACAAGGCCCAUUUCCACUGGAAAUCUGACCAUACCAAAAGAAAAAAAUAAUCACACUAUUUCAUUGUCUUGUGCAGAGAUGCACUUUCAAUACUCGGAUUUCCAACAAAAAAAAAUCUUAUGAAACGAUGUAUCCAACACUUGAGAUAAAAUGGAAGGGACCAUUGGUGAUUCAUUUUAUUAUUUUAAAGUUCAUUGUGGAUCUGUAACUAUUCUUUUAUAACAGCUUUCAGAACAAAAAUAAAAUAAAUACACAGAAAAAGUCA